CAUCCCAGCCUUAUCUUCUCGCAAGCUCUCUUCUCCACAUGUUCUCUCCUUUUUUUCCCCUAGCAUCCUCAUUAGUUACAGCAGAGAAGAGGCCAUUGACCCCAUGGCGAGCACCACCAACCAGCACAGUUGGGAACGAAAACGGGCCGCCGCCGACAGCCGCAUGAUUCUACUCUGCCCCAACACCACCCCUGUUGCAAACAUUAAUUGGGUGGAGCAGCCACCCUGCUGCUGCGUUCACGCCAUGGCCAGUAGCCGCCAUUAACGCAAGCAGGCCAGAACCUCAACCGGCAACACAAACGGCGAGGUGACAGCAAGGUCAGGGGGAGGGCGACUCCGGCCAGCACCGCUGUAAGGUUCCUGCUCGCCAUUGCCACUCCAAGCUUAAAUCCAUGUUUUUUUUGCAGCACCACCAUUGCUGCGACGUGCCAUCUCCCUCAACUCCGGCCGUCGUCACACGGCGGUGCUGCGUUACAACGCCACCGGUGCUACCAGUGGAGGAGGCUGCGGUGAGCACAUUUGCUGCUGCUUAUUGCACAACACAACUGGUACUGUCAGGGUAGUCAUGCGGCUCGUCGGAGCGUGCGUCGAGGCAACUCUUUCAACUCCGAUGGAAGCAAAGCCGGCGCUACAAUGGAACUUCGCUGGAGCUGCAAUGGAGUUCGCCGGACGCCGUCGAUGCUGCGUCGGAGCUCUGCCGGACGACGUCGGUGCUACGUUGGAGCUCUGUCGGGGCUGCAAUGGAGCUUCGCCGAACGACGUCAGUGCUUCGUUGGAGCUCCGUCGGGGUUGCAAUGGAGCUUCGCCGGACGUUGUCAGUUUGUCGGGGCUGCAUUGGAGCUAUCGCCGGGCCGUGCUGUGCUACAGUGAAGCUUUGACAGGUGCCAGCAGCACUACGUUGAAGCUGGUCUGCUGCCGUGGCUUUGCUGCAUCGAACGGCCACCAGCACGCUAAUCCGUCCUAAAGAAAUUAUCCGGUUUAUUUGUAGCAUGCGCCAUGAUGUUUUGAUGAAUAGAUUAAAUGUUCUUCUAGCAAAAAAUAAUA